AUGAAGAAGAUUGCUAUUAAAGAUCUAUUAAAUCCACCAUCUCAGUCACAAGAAGUUACUCCCUUAGAAAAAAUAAAGAAUGAACUGCUACAAUUAUACAAACAUUUAUUAGAUACCACAACCAAAAAUACAACUGAUAACUAUCUCCAAACGCAUCACAUAUUAAAAAAAAUAUCAGAAAUUCAAAUGGGAAUUAAUUUCAACAAACAAAAUUCAAGAGAAAUAGGUGAAAUUCAGCAGCUUUGUCAUUUAAUUUUAUCCUUUAUAAAUGAUGAUAUUUCACCAGAAAAAUUAGCAGAACUGAGCAAGAAAUGUUCAGCUAAAAACAAUAAAAAUCAAUUAAAACAGAAGAAACGUAAUAAAAAUUCUAGUUUUAGAAUUGUAAAGCAAAAUAUUAAAAAUGAAGAAUUGGUGGAACUUAAAUCUUAUCAGGGACAACGAUUAUCGAAAAAAAACAUCGGAAUUUUAGAACAAUGGUAUGAAGAUAACAUAGACUACCCAUAUUUGUCUUCACAAGAUAUCAAGUUUUUAAUGACUGAAACAGACUUAUCCAGUACUCAAAUUAAAAACUGGGCUUCAAAUAGAAGAAGAAAAAAAAGACAAACGAUCAUUUCAUCUGAAAUAUCAAAUGUUUUGUUCGAUAAGUAG